AAGUUGGGACCUCUCCUCAGCAAUGUGCUGUAACUGACCGACUGCUGGACAUGUUGCAGAAUGUUGUUCAGACACAGCAACAGGAACUGAAUUCACUAGAGAGCAAAUAUGACGACUUGCUGGUUAAAUAUACCACGUUAGUUGAAACUGUAGCUAAGUUGCAGAUUGACGUGGCAAAUUUUACUUCCGAAAAGCAAGGAGCUGGCGGCAAGGACUGCGCUGAACUCUACAAGAACGGGUUAAAACUAAGCGGAGUGUACACCAUUACCCCCUCUAAAGGUCAAAGUCCCUUCGAUGUCUACUGUAACAUGACCACUGACGGGGGAGGAUGGACGGUGUUCCAGAAGCGUAUGGACGGCUCUGUAGACUUCUACCGCGGCUGGCAGGAUUACAAGCACGGUUUUGGUAACUUAAACGGGGAAUACUGGUUAGGAAACGACCAAAUAAGUCUCCUAACUCACCAGGGGCACUAUGAACUUCGUGUUGACCUAGAAGACGUCAAGGGGGUGAGAGUUUAUGCUCGCUAUGAUAACUUUGCUGUCUCGUCAGAACGGACAAAUUAUCAGUUAACGCUUGGGGCAUAUUCUGGAAACGCAGGUGAUUCCUUGUCAAGCCAUAAUGGAUUUUCAUUCACCACAAAGGACAGAGAUAACGAUGCAUAUGAAAAGAAUUGUGCACUGCUUUGCAAAGGAGGUUGGUGGUACGAGAUAUGCCACGAUUCCAACCUUAACGGCCUGUACCAUUUAGGUGAUCACACCUCGUACGCUGACGGCGUCAACUGGGAGGAAUUUAAAGGGUACAACAACUCCCUGAAGACAACGGAGAUGAAAGUUCGUCCUGUCGGCUUCAAAUCUGCAAAUAUCGUCAUUGGAUGAAUUUCAGCUUCUUACAAUGACGAAACUUUAUUUCAUCACCUGCCAAUGAAAACGUUUUAAAAGUGGAAAUGAAAUAUUUUAGUAAUGCUAAAUCUAUCAUUUU